AUGGAGGGUGUGAAAAUGACGGGCAUGGCACAUACAGUUGUUCCGACUGCGCAAACAGUGUUGCCAAAAUUAUUUAUACAAAUAACAAACCAAAUCGACUUCGCGCCGACCGCGCCUGGCAAAAAAUCAACUCUACGAUCUUGGGAACGUCAACCCUCCACUCCAUUCCUGGCACGACACAAAUCGCGCAAAAUCUGGAAACGCUUCAGAAAGAGCAUGGAAGCGAUUCGCUCGCGGACGGUGCCAUCAGCUGCACCGAGUCGGAUUGAGGAAAGUGAAUAUGUGAACGAAAUCAGUCAGUCGGCCAAUGCAGCAUACCUGCGUGCAGUGAAACGACAGCGAGUACUACAUGCGCAUACGGAGCGGGGUGGUUCGUUCUUGGAGACCAAGUGGGAGCUGGAAAUUGGAAGAAGAAAACGCAAAUUGGUUGGCCACACAGGAGAUGAGCAAUUUGUCGCAAAUGGCCAGGAAGACGAAAAUGAGGCGGAUGGUAAUAUUACCGAUCAGUUAUUGGAGGAAAUCCCGCAAUCCGUUGGCAUGAGUGCGGCGGCCGAUUCUGGUGAUGAUGAGGACACCGACCAGAGUGCUGUUAUUUCUGAGAUUGUUGAUUUUGCGGUAGAUGCGCAAGGUGGCCGGGUAGCAGCAGAAGUGCGAGAACUUAUUGCAAAGAAGGAACCAAAUCUGGUCCGCUCGGCUCUUCGUAUGAAUUCUUUGGACGGCGAGGACGCAGCAUUGUUGAGUGAAUUUUUGUCUCGUGCUCAAGCGAAACGGGCAGCGAACGCGGCGAUGGCAGGUGAUAAUAAAAGUCACGCUCGUCAGAAGAAGGAAGAACGGCAGGCAUUGAGCUCACCGGCGGUACAGUCGCGACGGGCACUUGAAGAGCUGGAUGUCAACUCGCCGUCUAUCAAACCGUCAACAUCGACUCCAGUCAAAGCUGAGAAAGUACCAGAGUCACCUGAGUCACCUGAUGCAGAGGGACCAACCGAUAUUGAUCAAUUGACGUCUUCGCCCACAGUUGCACGUCGUCGCCGUAGCAGUCGCACGAAGCCCACGGAACAAACACGCAGUCUACGACCAGUGGUGCCAAACAAUAUUCCAGUGCGACGAGCGAAUGGGACGGAAUUCGUGUUUUUGCAACGAACAGAGGCUCAAGAACUGGCACUUACCACCCGGAAAAAUACGCGCCGUAACAAGGGUAACGCUCUGCUUCCGAGGUAUCUGCUGCAAGCUAUCGUCAAGCAAGAGCGAAACGAUGAAACAACACAGCCGUUUGCGCAGAUGGAAGGAAAAUCCGAACCUCGUCAAUCUCGAAAGCAUGCGACUGGACGCAAACAAGUGUGCUGGAACGAAGAUAAACUGGUUGAAUAUGCGCCGGAAACGGGAUCAUCGCCAGCAACUGAAUCUCCUUCACCCGACAAGAAGAAAAGCAGUUCGUCUCGACGUGAAGAGCACAAGUCAACAUCAGUAACAACACACGCUCUGCCAGCAACACCAAGCAAGAAAGUGCGCAGGAUCAACAUGGCAACAUCUAGUACUAGCAUGGAUGACACCGCACGAGCUAUCAGCAAGCCAAUGCCGGUUGGCACUCCGAUCCCAAAGCGCAAAAAGCUGACUCCAAGGCCAAAGAGCACUACUACCGCUGCCAAAACAGUUGAGUUCAGGUCCGGUCAUUCCUCUAGAGACACUCUCCCUUCUGCCGCUGCAAAAACAGCCACCAAGCAGAUGGCGCCACCCGCCCAACAUACAGCAUCAAAAAUGAGCGGCAUCCCAAGAAGCAAAGCCCUCAGCAAACCUUCUGCACCAUCGACAUCGACAUCAACAUCUUCAUCGGGGCCUAUUGUGAAACGGGUGCGAGCACGGAGGGCUGUGUGA